CUAUAGCUGGUUUUUAUUGCUGUGCUACUGGGUUCCUCUGGUCUGGACCCAUCGCUCUCAGUUGCGGUGGCUGCGAGGAGGACUCCGAGAGCCUGGAGCGCGGCCUGCAGAUGGACACGGUGGUCUUUGUGGAUGUGGCUGUGAACUUCACCCGGGAAGAGAAGGCUUUGCUGGAUGGUGCUCAGAGGGAGCUCUACAGAGAAGUGAUGCAGGAGACGUGCCGGAACCUGGCCUCCGUGGAUUAUUGCAGUCAAGUUAGAACCAAUGAGUCACGUUCUCAGCAGAAUAUUUUGAACAAUAAUAUACUCAGUGAAGAGAAAACAUUGAGAUUUACAAGAAUUAGUUCUCAGUCACUUAUUGGAGAAAACCAGUUGAUCAAUAACAAUGGAGAUCGGCACCUAACCCAGGAGACCCCUUUUAGAAGUCCUUUGCCUGGGAGUCUCUGUGAAACUAAUGAAGGUGACCAAUGUGGACACACCCUGAAUGAGGUUACAUCACUUCCUGUGGGUGAGAGAUGCCCAGGUGGAGUUAAACCCUGUGAAUGCACUAAGUGUGGAAAAGUCCUCCUGGAAUGUUCUUUUCUUCAGAAUCAGGAAAGGUGUCAAACUGGAUGCACACCUCACCUGUGUGAGGAACGUGGGCAAGUUGGCAGGUGUGUCUCGUGCCUAAGCUCUCAUGUGGAAACAGACUUUAUGGAGAAACCCUGUACAAGUCAUGAUAGUGAGACAGCAUCUAAGAAAUCCAUAAUCAACCUGAGUGAUAAAACAGUUUUUUUCCAGUGUGGCAAAUGUGUAAAAGCUUUCAGUUGUUCCUCCUCCCUUCAAGCACAUAUGAGGAUACACACUGGAGACAAACGCUAUGAAUGUGACCACUGUGGAAAAGCCUUUAGGUUUCCUUCAGUCCUGCGCGCACAUGUUAGAAUCCAUACAGGAGAGAAACCGUAUGUGUGUAAAGAGUGUGGGAAAGGAUUCAGGAUUUCCACAAUCCUGCAAGAACAUGUGAGAACACAUACUGGGGAGAAACCUUAUAAAUGUAAGGGGUGUGGAGAAGCCUUCACUAGUGUCUACUAUCUUAAGGUGCAUGUGAGAACGCACACUGGGGAGAAACCCUACGAAUGUAAGGAGUGUGGGAAAGCCUUCAGCCUUUCAUGUUCCUUUCAAAGCCAUGUGAGCACGCACUGUGGGGUGAAUCCCCAUGAAUGUAAGGAAUGUGGAAAGGCAUUCAGUAUGCAAUCCAGCCUUUGUAAGCAUGUGAGAACUCACAAUAGGAAGGACCCCUAUAUAUGUGAGUACUGUGGGAAAGCCUUCAGACACCAAUCUGCCCUUAAGUCACAUUCAAGAACACACACUGGGGAGAAACCAUAUGACUGUGACAAGUGUGGGAAAGCUUUCAGUAAGCGAUCCACCCUUAUAGCACAUUCGAGAAUACAUACUGGGGACAAACCCUUUGAAUGUGAGCAGUGUGGGAAAGCCUUCACUCAGCGAUGCAGCCUUGUAUCACAUUCAAGAACACACACAGGGGAGAAACCCUUUGGAUGUAAACAGUGUGGGAAAGCCUUUAGUCAGCAAUUAAGCCUGAAAAUACAUUCUAGAACACACAUGGGGGAGAAACCCUAUGAAUGUCAGCAAUGUGGGAAAGCCUUCAGUUUUAUGUCCUCCCAUAAAGUACACAUGAGAAUGCACACUAAAGUACAUGUGAGCAAGCACACUGGAAAGAAGCCCUAAAAAUGUCAGCAAUGUCAGAAAGCCUUCAGUGGGCCUUCAUCCCGAUAUAGAUAUGUGGGAAUGUACAGUAGGGCGAAACUAUGAAUGUCAGCAAUGUGGCCAAGCUUUCAGUUUUCACUACUCCCUUAAAGAACAUGUGAGGAACACACAGUGGGGAGAAAAUGUUGGCAGUGUGAGAUAGCUUUAAGUUGUCAGUCUUCCCUUUAUGUACAUGUGAGAAUGCACAAUGAGGAGAAACCUUAUCAAUGUAGGAAAUGUGGGAUAUCCUUCAGUCAUUGUUUCUCCCGUCAAAAACAUGCAAGAACACACCAUGGAGAGAGACCUGUGAUUGUCAGCAAGGAGGAAAAGCUUUCAAUAUUCCACAACUUGCACACUCAUGAAAGGACACAUACCGGGGCAUAUGUCUGAACACAAGAACUGUGGGAAACCUUUCAGUCUCCCUUAAAACCAUGUCAAUCUGAACAGACAACAGAGAGAUACCCAUGAAUAUAAAGAAUGUGGUAAAUUUUCCAGAUGUAGCAUUUCACAUAGGUGGUACCUGAAAACAGCGGGACAGACAUCUACAUGUUACAAAUAAUGGUUUCAGUUUUGUAAUGCCUCAUUUUUGUGCAAUGUGUCAGUAGUGAUGUCAGAUACUAAUUUCUAGUUCGUUUUGAUAGGCACACUUUAGAUAACAAAUAUUCCUCUAUGUUCCCUUCAUCUCUAGUACACAUAUUUUAUUAUCUCAGAUUUUAAGUAAUUGUACAAUUAUAUAAAACUUGUCAUUUGUAUUGUGUCUUUUCAACCCAUUGGUAAUACUUUUUUUGUUGUUUUUUUGUUUUGUUUUGUUUUUAAUAUUAGGUUUGAUAUAAUUUUACACGAAAACUUUUAUGACUGUUAUUAUGACCUUCCUAAAUGAUCAUACUAGAGACCUAAAUUGUUGAAAUUUUACUUUUGGUGCACUGCUGUACAUACUGGAAUUUUCUGACUAGAUAUCUACCUCUCUCUUCUGUGUUUCUUAUUGAAAGAUGUCAAUUCCAUGUUUGUUUGUUUCCAGUGGAUAUCACAUCUGUGUUUGUCACUGGCUGGGAAUUGUAUGUGAUACAUCGAGUUACAAUUAGGGAUUUUGUGGCAUGCGAUGAAAUCUUGUAUCCAAAUUGUUUCACUGAAUUGUGCUGUCUGCAUGGGUGAAGUUGGAAGUUUUAUCCCAGAGUCUUUGUGAUUAUCCUUGUGAGGCAUGAGAAGAGGAAGAUGCAUGAGGUUGGAAGCUGAAGCGAAGAAGCUGUGAUUCUCAGUUGUUAACCAUCAGGAGACAGAGAUGCAUGGGAACCCAGUGGGCCUGAGUUACGGCAUUCUUCUGACUCUGCCAGACUGGAACAUUUGAAACCAAAUACACUUUUGAUGUUAGUUCCCCUGGGGCAGCAGAUUCCUCAGACUUUUCCACAAGCUCACCCAUUGUGGAUUCUCUUUCAGGUUCGCUCAGAUCCUUCCAUUUUCUGGUAGCAUGUUAGUAUCCAUCAGGCCAGUUCUUCAUGGUGUCACACUUACAGAUCUCUGUCAUCCUGUCACCCCUGCCCCCCACCCCAUCUCCAGUGUUUCUCCUCAUUACGUGCUUUCUGUAGGAAACAUCUUGUUCCUUUAUCGGUAGAUCUUUUUGCAGCCUGUACCCAGACACAUUUAAUGCUGCAGCAAAGUGCAGGAAACUUCCUAUCCAGGUUGCACUGUGGAGAGGCUGGACUGACUGUAUCACUUGGUUGUGGAUACUUCCAUGAUUGAAAUAAACUUUUGUAAAAAGCCAAGAACCAUAUGAUUUCACUGCUAUGUGGUAUAUAAAACUGAAAACAACAAAAGAACAAGACAAA